ACUGUCCCGGUUAGAGUCUCAUCACUCGGCUGGAGCGCGAGCGUCUAUUUGGGGGUGUGACAGCUCUCUCCAUACAGCUGUGCCGGGCUUGUUUAUGACUUGAACAGGUUGCUUCACGGAGCAGUAAAGGAGGGACACAUGCCGGCAUGUUUUUGGGACGCAUACCGGUACCGAAUGCCUGCUUGUCGGAGGAGUUUGCCGGUCAGAACCGCUGCUGAGUGAGAGCUGAAUGAGCUCCGAGUUGUUGCCAUUCAUUUAUCAAACAUGGCAACUUUGGCUUGUGUAUGACAUGAAUGACAAACAGGACAGGCCUUAUGUGUGCGGCGCUCCCGGCUGCUCUCAGCGCUUCCAGUUAGAGGAGCACCUGAUCAUCCACAGACACAAGCAUGAGAUGACCCUCAAGUUCCCCUCCAUCAAGACAGACGCAACUUUUACAGAUCAAACUCCAACGCCAACAAGAUUCCUGCAGAACUGUGAAGAGGUGGGGCUGUUCAAGGAGAUAGAGGAAGAGUUUCUUCAAGCGGAAGAAGAGGAGAAGUGCAAACAGACGCUCUCUCACAAUGGGCCGUCAUCCUGUAUGAACCAGCAGCCGCUAAAACCACAGCUUCAGCUCCAGCACCCACAACCCCAACCUCAGCACCCAUCUCUGCACCACCCUCAGACCCACCCUCUGCAGCAUCCCCAGCCUCAUGGCCCCCUAAUGGGCCCAAGCUGCAGCCUGGCUGCACAGCAAGCUCUCUCCUGCUCCCAGUCUGGAUCAGUGAUCACCCAGGCUACUUCUACCCUCACACACUCAGGGCCGGUUCCUGGGCCGCUGUCCUCCCUUCUCCACAUGAGGAACCGACACAGACAACCACUGCCAGCCUCCUUACCUGGCACCCUGCCAGACCCCGCCAUGCAAGGAGCAUCUGCUCAGCACAUGCCUAUAGAGAAGCAGAUGUCGUGUUUAAUGGGUAUACCAGGGCCGGUACACAACCCCUCCUGUUCCUCGCCUCAGAGAUCCAAACAGACACUGGGCCAUCAUUUCCCACAGCACCACCCAGGAAUGGUCAGCGUAAACAACCCUGUGACAGCCAUGGGUCACAUGAUGGAUAUGAUGUCACAACGACAUCAGGCGCCUCCACUACAACACCACCAUCCUCCUCCUCCUCCGCCACAUCAUCAUCAACAACAUCAUCCUCAUCAUCAGCAUCAUCAGGCACAGCUUCCAGCUCAACACCUCCCAUACCAACCGCGAUGCCAUGCUCCACCGCCGCAGCAUCUAGGAAGCCCCCACAGACACCAGCUUCACCAGUCAGCGAAUGUACCGCACGCUCAGGCUCACCAAUCACCGCCUCAGCAUCUGCAUCAGGGUUCACCUCCAGCACCUCCUCUGUCUGUUCCUCCACAGUUAUCACCAAUUGCACAGCAGAUGCAGCCCGCCCAGUCGUCUCACUCCCAGCAUGCAGUGCAGGCAGGUGGAAGCUGCAGCGGUGCAGGAGGAGGUGGUGGUGGUAACCGACGCAGGAGGACAACCGAGCAAGAUCCUGAUGAACGCAGGCAGAAGUUUCUGGAACGCAACCGUGCUGCGGCCACCCGCUGCCGACAGAAGAGGAAACUCUGGGUGUCGUCUCUGGAAAAGAAAGCCGAGGAGUUGACGCACACAAACCUGCAGCUACAGAACGAGGUGACGUCCCUCAGGUCGGAGGUGGGUCAGCUAAAGCAGAUUCUGCUCACCCACAAGGACUGUCCGGUCACCGCCCGGCAGAGGGAGGCGCAGGGGUUUUCCACUGCAGGGGUGAGCCCGGCAGGAAGUCCCACCCCUGUAGGUCCCGGGUCUCAUCUGCAGGCCAUCCAACACAACAGCAUCUCCACCUCCUCGACAACUGGAGGCGAAACGGGGCACGACCUCCAGCCUGGACACUAACCUUCAACAUUUAGAGGAGGGGGAGGGACUGGAUGUGUGAGUUUCAUCAGACUGGAUGAUCAUUACUCCACCUUAGUCUCACUCAGCUGUGGAUCCACGUCUCAUUACAUUACACACAGAAAUGGAUAGGUGAUUUAUAGAUCCAUGUGAACACUGUGGUGCUUUUCAACAUUUGUCAUUUUGGUCUGAGGAGACAACCACUUACCAAGACAUUUCCAUAACGUGCAAAAAUAACUCUUUCUGAAAGUCUGUGAUGGUUACAACUGGAUCCUGUGUUCAUUCAAUCUAAUCUAACCAUUGCCCUCUACCCUCUGACUAUGCACAAACACAACCCUAACACAGCUUUUCAGUAUAUUUUGCUCUUUUACCUUGCACUAAUUUAAAAAAAAAAAAACAAAGCCUAUGUAUUAGUUUUAUAUUUUUAACAAAGCAAGUGCACACCUUAUGCCUUCUCUGUGAUGCAGAGGCAGCUUGUCAAAACUAUGUAUUUUUCUACAAGUUAUACAUAAAAAACAGAAAAUGUUUAUUUUAAGAUUUAGAAUCCGGGUUGGUGUCAGAAAGCCAUUUAAAACAUAAUUGUACAGAAUUUCCCUUCAAGCACUUUUUAAAACAACCCUAAAUGAGCUGAAAACUGCACCUCAUGUCUCUAUCAAUCCCUGUCAGUUAAUGAAAUAAACUUUUAUUCUGGUAUAAGGGUGUUUUAUGUCUGUUUAAAUCAUUUUGAUGAAAUAAAACCUGUUAG